AUGGCCCAGCAGCAGGAAUUUUUACUGGAGCAUGACACCCAGGAGGAGCAGACUUCAACUGACCUACCUCCAAAAACCUACUUGGAAACAGACAUUGACAUAGUGAGAAGGGAUGACCCGGCACAAGAUGCAGAGAUCAGACCUGACUCGCCACCACCGUUACUGAUGGAUGAGCAAAAUUUGAUUCCACCCCCUCCGAAUUUUUGCCAAGGAUUUGAAAUGAAACGUUUUCUGGAAUUCAAUCACAACUCCCACAGAUACCCCUUCAGAUCCGUCUCUUUGCCCAGAGGCAUCAACAUGGUUUGUGACGAUGGCAUGAACCACAUAGACACCAUCAGCUCAUUGCUAGAGCAAAAAGAAGACCUACGGAAGCGACUUUCCUAUACAACACACAAGCUGGAGCUGCUACAGAGUGAGUUUGACGCCACGCGUCAGUACCUUGAGACCGAGCUGCGUCGUGCUCAAGAAGAGCUGGACAAGUUUACCGAUAAACUACGCAGGAUCCAAAGCAGCUACUCUGCACUGCAGAGGAUAAACCAAGAUCUAGAGGAAAAGAUACACAGAGAUUCGCAGCACCAUGACGACGAAAAACGAGCCUUGAGCAGGGAGAUCAUCGUCUUGAAUAACCACUUAAUGGAGGCAAAGCUCACCAUAGAUAAACUACAAGAGGACAAUGAUGUCUACAGGAAGGAUUGUAACCUGGCGGCUCAGCUUCUACAGUGUAACAAGUCACUUUAUAGGGAUGAGCUCUCUGAGCUCCCUACUGAAUUUCAGGAGCGAUUGACUAUGCACAUGGAAGAAUCUCCGCUCUGCCACACAUACUCGGACUCGGUGUCAGCCUCAUUCAUCGGACAGGUGCUCGAGAAGCCAGAUGAGGCGUGCAGCAGCAGCCAAGCCUCGCGCUCCCCCAGCCCUCACACUCCGGAACACAAUUUUGUUCUAGAGACCUUGGCCCAAGGCGGGCGCCUGGGUCUGCGCGCAGCCUACAAGUCUGAUCUGUACAGCAGUGACACAGCCCUUUACUGCCCCGACGACCGGCACCGGGAGCGUAGACCCAGCAUGGACCUUCACGGCCAGAGGAAGCUUCUUUAUGAACCUCAGAAUUCUACUGACAGCAACCCAGAAGAGUGCUCUGUUGGCUUAAGACCGGGUUUCACCCAGGAGCACUUCGCUGAUUUCCCCCCCAUGGGUGUGGGCUCUAGCUCCUAUUCCAGCUUUAGCGGAGGUGGUUCCGAAGACAAAGCCAACGACCCACCGAGCAGCGCAGCUUCCUCUCCGCACCAUCAUACACUCUACAUGGACUGGAGGGACGCCGGAGACUACGAGAGGAAGAGCGACUCAUCCUGGGAGAGGGAUAGUCCUAGAGGUUUCGGUAACAAUCAUCCUUUCCAGCAGACGGAGAUGAUCCACCAGCAGAACAGCAGCUCACCAGUGUACAGCCGUACCAUGUCCUCUUGUUUUAGCGAGCCUUACGAGCCCCUGCCUCCAUCGUCCUCUCCGAGUGUCGCCUAUGGAGACAGCCGCCGAGGAAGCGCCCUGGCACCCGAUGAGGAGGAGCCGAUUGGAAGAUGGCGCCAGCUCAGCGCCGAGGACUUGAGCUCACACUCCUACCGCAGUCCCGGACGUGCUUCGCCGUACAGCUUCUCUGAGCAGCACUUCUCCGUAAGACCGGCAAAGAUCCGCCUGGGACCGCUCUACAGCAGUUUCCAGGAAGGGGCCGACUACUACCACCAGGAAGGAGCCGGCAUCAUGCCGGAUCCUGGGUGGGUGGCAACCAGUCCAGAGUGCAGCCCGGUGCUCCGCCACGCUCACAGCCAAGCUCACUUAUACGAGGACAGCCAAGGUUCCGAGCACAGCCUUUACCACUCGGGCAACUCUAAAGACCGAGAGGGCAAUGAGGCAUCUGGAGGCCAAAGUGUUGAUUACGGGGAACAAAGCCCCAACAGUUCCACUGAAUCCCUUAACCACCGCUCCUUGGAGAUGGCGGCAGACCUUCAGCACUACCAAGCGGAGAUGCACAACCUUUCCGGCCAGGUAAGCCCGUCGUCACCGCCCCCGGCUCCGCCCCCUCCACCGCCCUACCACCAAAAAUUUGGCUCUCUGGGACUUUCCCGGAAAGACAGCUUGACCAAGGCUCAGCUAUAUGGAACACUCCUCAACUGA